UGUUGUGGUCACAGACAUAUACAUACAAAUGGCUACCAAUUGAUGGAAAACCAACAAAGUUGUUGGACCACUGAACCUGUGGAACAGCUUCAGUGCUCCUUUGCAUUGAUUCUACAGAUCUCUAAACUCUAUUCGAGGGAUAAACACCAUUUAUCCAGAUGAUAUUCCCUCAUUUGGUGUUUUGAUGAUGGAGGUGGAGAGUGCUGUCUAAACAUCUUCCCCAAAAUCUCCCAUAGGUGUUCAGCUGGAUUGAGAUCUGUUGUCUGUGAAGACCAUGUGCAUGUAAUUCACAUAAUUUUCAUACUUAUUCAUCAAUCCUUUGUGCCCCAGGAUGUGGGUAUUGCUGGAAGAGACCACUCCCAUCAGAUUUUUGCUUUAAUUUGUCAGCCAUCUGUCUGCUUUUAUCAGAAAAUGUUUUCUCACUGGUGGAAGAAGGAUAAAGGCCGAAAAGGAACGGGAGAAAGUAAAUGUGAGACAGUUGAAGCCUUUACAUUUUCUUUACUUGUUGUUCAUGUUAUCAGAUCAGAAAGCACUGAGUAGCUACUUAUUGCUUCCAUUCUUCAAAGAGCAAAAACCUGUUAAGAGAGUUACUGUUAUUCCAGUUUUUUUACACGUUUUUUUUCCAGUUUAUUCAUCACUGUGAGUAACCUGUGAAAACAGUUGUAUGUCUUCUGUUGCUCUACAAGGAGCUUUCCAAAGUCUGAGAAAACAGCCCUCACGUCAGCCUGCAUCACAAAUUGGGGGCAAUGAGUUUGAAGGACAUGGACAUAAACAUGGCAGAGAGGGCAGGACCCAUACUGGGAACUUAUCUUCUGCAUUGAUUCUUUUUAAUUGUGUCUUUUGUGAGACCCUCAUCUUUAUGAAAGGUGCAAUACUAAAUUGCUGGAGUGUCCCUUUCAGAACACCUCACUAAAAAGAACAACAGGUAAAAAAUUAUUAUCUGAAAUAAUUAUCUGAAAUCAAAUCCAGAAAUUAUGAACUGAUUGUACAAAAUACUGGAGCUGCUUUACUUGACUCAUCCCGUUAGGCUUCAUGGCAGUGAGGCCCAGUGAUAAGGUAAAAUGAUCCGAAAAUAUGAGCGGGGCAUAUUUAGUAAAUGCAGUGUACUGUAUUCAUGCAUGAGCCAACAUUGAACGUGCUGUAUGAAUGAUGCACUAAUGGAAGCCAAAGAUUUGAACAUGGUUACUAUAAAGGGACUAAUGGGUGCUCAGACGCCGUUCUUUAUCCACUUACUAUUAUAGGACAAUUGUAAAUAUUUCUUUAUGACAUUGACAGAGCCAUAUAUCCGCCUACCACAUGCCUCACCCUUGUGAAUUACUCAUCACACUUGAUCAAUCCAGUGAUGACUCAGACCGGGAGCCAAGGACAGUUGAGUCUUUCAGAAAUACCACGCAAGAAUAAAAAAAAUAAAUAAAUAAAAAAUACCCUACACAUGAUGAUCUGCCAAAACAACCACUUAUUACACCGGCACCAGCACGCGCCUCAGCAAAAAAAAAAAAAAAAAAAAAAAAAAAAAGUCUGAACAUCAUCAAGUCCAGUAACUCCAGAGAGAGACAGCAGCACAGUGAGAGUGGAGGAGGGAGGCGGUGUUUUGCAGUCAAACCGCGCCAGCGCAGCUGCGAGGCGACAGCAAGCUAUAAGCUACUACACGCGCGCACACACACACACAUACACACACGCUUUGCAUCAUGCAGGGGGGCUCAUGCUAAGAAACCUGUUACACACUGCACAUGUGAUGGCAGGCAGCUGCUCCAAGUCCUCCUCCGCAGAUUAAUCAGCGGGCGAACUUGCACUCCUGAGAGUCUCGGAUCGGGCGUCUUAAUGAGGAUAUUGCGGCAAUGGUGAAGGACAAGGCCGAAGACCGGACGCUUCAAUAUCAGCAAACUUUGAUGUAUGGGCGGUACACCCAGGAGCUGGGUGUGUAUGCCAAGGAGGAAGCGGCCCGCCUACGAGAUGGAGGAGUGCGGGAUGGCGGAGGACUGCGGAGGAACACCAGUGUUCGUAGUCGUGCUGCAGAUCUGCUGGAGUAUGAGAAAGACCCCUGUGCAAAGUGCCAUUUGUGUGCGUCUCGCUGCCAGAAGUUCCUGAUCUCGCGGGUGGGGGAGGACUGGAUCUUCCUCAUUCUGCUGGGGCUGCUCAUGGCUCUGGUCAGCUGGGUCAUGGACUACGCCAUCGCCUUCUGCCAAGAAGCACAGAAGUGGAUGUAUGGUGGACUGGACAGUAACAUGCUUCUGCAGUACAUCGCCUGGGUCACCUACCCUGUAGUGCUCAUCACUUUCUCAGCAGGAUUCACGCAGAUACUGGCGCCUCAGGCUGUGGGUUCAGGUAUUCCUGAGAUGAAGACGAUACUGAGGGGGGUGGUCCUGAAGGAGUACCUGACCUUUAAGACGUUUGUGGCCAAAGUCAUUGGUUUGACUUGUGCUCUGGGCAGUGGGAUGCCUCUGGGGAAGGAGGGACCCUUCGUUCAUGUUGCCAGUCUGUGCGCCGCUCUUUUGAGCAAAUUCAUGGCUGCUCUUUUUGGUGGGAUUUUCAUGGUGAGAAUGGAAGAGCCCUUUGAGGGAAGCAAGAAUGAGCUGAGGAACACAGAGAUGCUGUCGGCUGCCUGUGCAGUGGGUGUGGGCUGCUGCUUCGCUGCCCCUAUUGGAGGUGUGCUGUUUAGUAUUGAGGUCACUUCAACAUUUUUUGCGGUGAGGAACUACUGGAGGGGCUUCUUUGCUGCCACUUUCAGCGCCUUCAUAUUCAGAGUGCUGGCUGUGUGGAACCAGGAGGAAGAGACCAUCACUGCUCUCUUUAAGACUCGUUUCCGUCUGGACUUCCCGUUUGACCUUCAGGAGCUGCCAGCGUUCGCCAUCCUCGGGAUUGCCUGUGGUUUCGGUGGUGCUCUGUUUGUCUACCUGAACCGGCUGAUUGUAGAGUGCAUGAGGAAACAGAAGACUAUUAACAAGUUCUUGCUGAGGAAUCCAUCUCUUCCUGUCAGACGUCUGGUGUAUCCCGCACUCGUCACCCUGCUGAUCUCCACACUUACGUUCCCUCCAGGCUUCGGCCAGUUCAUGGCUGGACAGCUGACGCAGCACGAGUCUCUGGUCGCGCUGUUCGACAACCGCACGUGGUGCCGUCAGGGCGUGGCGGAGGAGUUCGACUACAUUAGCCACCACCACGCCUGGAAACACCCCCAGGUCAAUGUCUUCAUCACACUCAUCCUCUUCAUCAUCAUGAAGUUCUGGAUGUCCGCUGUGGCCACCACCAUGCCUGUUCCAUGCGGGGCCUUCAUGCCAGUUUUUCUAAUAGGUGCAGCAUUUGGCAGACUUGUUGGAGAGAUCAUGGCAACCAUGUUUCCUGAUGGCAUACAUGCUGAUGGCAGCGUGUAUCCCAUAGUUCCUGGCGGUUAUGCCGUAGUCGGUGCAGCAGCACUGUCUGGAGCAGUCACCCACACUGUAUCCACAGCAGUCAUAGUGUUUGAGCUGACUGGUCAGAUCUCACACAUCCUGCCUGUGAUGAUCGCUGUGAUCCUGGCCAACGCCGUGGCCCAGUCACUCCAACCAUCGCUGUACGACUCCAUCAUCCGCAUCAAGAAACUUCCUUAUCUGCCUGAACUGGGCAUGGGCCAUCACGAGAAAUAUAAUAUCCGUGUGGAGGACAUCAUGGUCAGGGACGUGCGCUACAUCACUCUUAACUCUUCCUAUCGAGACCUGCAGGAGAUGCUGCUGACUGGUCAGCUCAAAACACUGGCCCUGGUUGAAUCCAGAGACUCCAUGAUCCUGCUGGGCUCCAUAGAGCGACUGCAGCUCCAGUCUCUGCUCUCUCUUCAGCUGGGCCGCCAGCGGAGGCUGGAGUACCUCCGCCAGCUAGCCCAGGACAACGGCACCCAAGACCACCUGCCCAGCCUGACCACGGACAGCACACCCAGCUCCCCCAGUGCCCACACCCACAUCAACGCCUCGACCAACACCAACGCUCGCCAAGCGGUCCGCUUCCUGGUGAGCACCCAACAGAUCUCCACAGAGGAGUCUUCCUCCUUCAGCCCAGUGGUUUCCAAUGUUCAGCUUCCUCUUAAAUCUGCCUUGAAAACUGUGUCUGCCAUCAGCAACACAGAGACGCCAAAUAGCUCUCAGACCCUCUCCUCUCCUGACCAAGACAAUGAGCUGCUGGAGAGUCCGGCUGGGCCGGCUCCUCCUGAAAAAAGAAAGCCCAAGCCUAAACGAGUGAGGAUCUCCAUGGCGGACUCUACUGAAGUGGAAGACUGCAUGACCCCAUCAGACAUAGUGGAGUGGGAGGAGCAGCAGCUCGAUGAGCCGGUGGAUUUCAAGAACUGCAAGAUUGAUCCCGCCCCCUUCCAGCUGGUGGAGCAAACAUCUCUGCAUAAGACUCACACUAUCUUCUCUCUGCUGGGUCUGGAUCAUGCCUAUGUGACCAGCAUGGGACGUCUGGUUGGAGUGGUCUCUCUCAAAGAGCUGCGUAAGGCCAUAGAGGGCUCAGUGACAGUGACCGGAGUAAAAGUGCGCCCUCCAUUGGCCAGUUUCCGUGACUGUGGGAACAGCACAAGUGUAUCUGAGGUAACAGAACUACACAAGCUGUGCAUCCGCCACAGGGGGCUCUCGUUGCCACGGGAACCCAACCCUCCUGACGUGGAGGACCAGCCAGAUCUCCCGUACAAAGAGAUCCCUGUUAACUUCUCGGACCAAUCGAAUUUGCAGUUUGAAACCAGCCCCGGCGAUGUCACAAAUCAGUCGUCAGAGUUGGUGCUCCAGGAAAGCCCCUCGUUCACCGAGGACCAAUCAGAGUUCACUUUUGACUGCAGCCCCUCCCACACUGAGGAAUCAGAGCUGGCCUGUGACUAUGACCCCCCGACCCACACUCCUGAGCCGGACGAAACAGAGCAAGAGCAGGGGAGUCCAUCUCUGAACAAGGACCUAUCAGGACCUGAGGGAAAGGGUAGCCCCGCCCACACUGAGGAUCAAUUCAAAUGAUCAGAGGGGAUCCAUACUGUCGCCUCAUGAAUGUUGAUGUUUCUUACAUUUGUAGGGGUCACUCUCAGUCUAGAUACCCGUGUUUCUAACGUUGUGGCGUGCGUGAGUGAGCGAGUGAGUGAGCGUGAGUAGAUGUGACAUUUAGUAUUGUGUUUCUAACUGUGCGGAUGCCUGGAUAAAGCAUGUAGUCAUGGAUCAAGCUGGUUUUAAUCUAUAUUUUGUCAACAAAUCCCAUGAAAAGACCAAAACCGACAAUGGGUUUGUCUGUCUCUUAACACUUUCUGCCUUCCCUGCCCUAUCUGUGGCUCUUUUAUUCCUAUUAUAGACGUAACUCUUUAAAGGGGAACACAUCAAAGUCUGUUCACAGGUCUCGGGGAGUACUACUGCAUAUGUGAAUAAAGCCUUUUGUUGCUCCAGAAGGAGCUGCGCGAAGCCUGAUAAAUUGCCUCUAGCAAUGUUCGAAUUACACCGUGGCUUUUGGGGGGAGCCCUAUUUUUCGGGGGUGGGACGGUACUGUACACAUGGACGCGCAUACAUGAAUGCGCCUGCCUACGCACAAACAUAUACUAUCAACACAUUUCAAUUCAUACAGAAAACAUUUAGCCUUGGACAACAAAGAAACAGAAGAAAUAUUUAUUCACUCUCCACAGUUUUUUUUUUUUGUCCAACAAUGUCAUAAGAGUUAAGAGACGUGAUGAGGGUGUGAAUCACUAUUAAAAAAAUGCUAAUGGCUCAUGGGAUUUGUUGAAUAAGAAAAAUAUAGACUAUCGCCAGCUUCAUCUUUUAAAUGUGUGUGUGUGUGUGUGUGCGUGUGCGUGAGAGACACUUUUUGACUUUCUUUGCCAUGCUCAAAUCUGGUCCAGUCUCUUCAACAUAAGUUGAGUCUUCAUGCCAAAAUAACAUCCUGUAAACACGACUUCAAACAUUACCAGGAGAGAAAUAAGUCACACGCAAAUAACAAAGGGGAAAAAUAAAAGGAGCAGCAAAUAAUAAUAGAGAAGAAAAGCACAGAAGAACAAAGACGUGGAACAUGAUUCUAAUGAGCACAUGAUGCUAUGAAAUCAAACUUCUACCUAUUUACUAGCACUGGACUAAUACAUCAGAGGGCCAGAAUUAAUGAUAUAGGGGUGUUGGUCAUAUGUUGGCUGAUAUGCAAUAAAUUUACAGUAAUAAUGCAGUAAAAGGUGAUUUAAUAGCAACAAUGUCAUCAUUAGUUUGUCCAGACGCCAUUGUUUACAACACUUUGCAGAGUUACAUGUCACAGCAUGUCAUUAUCAGUAUUUUUAUUUUACUACCAAAUAUUGGUGUCCAUGUCAGCCCCAGAAAUCCCCCCCUGGGAUCUACUGUUCACACGAUGACAAAGGCAGCUUCCAAAGAGCCACUAAGCUUAGUACAGGGCUCCAAAUAAUGAUGAAGCACAUUGUAAUUACCAUGAGUAUAAUUUACUGCACAUGUAGCCUUGUUUGGCUUUAUAGGGGCUGGUUCAAUAGGGGCAAUGAAGACUGUGAGUCUUGUCACUUGAACUGCCUCUACAUUUUCUGCUAUGUGAAUUUACUGUGUUUAACAUGUUUCUAGCAUGAUAAAGGAACAACACUUGAGCUCCGAGUGAAAGGAAGAUACUGGCUGUUGUACAGAGCACACAAAAACACACACACACACACACAUACACACACUUAUAUGCACACAUGUAUGCGGCCUGUAGAUAUUAACACCGUGAUAUGUUACAUGUAUCUUAAUCCAGCCUGGCCUCUAAUGCGAUGCUGAGAAAUGUAACUACUGUAUGAAGCACAGUGAUACCGACAAGUUCAAAAACUGUUGUAGAGCAAAGCGUGUGUGAGAGUCCUUGUUACGACUUUUAAAUGGAUGUAAGUAUUUUAGCUUCAUGCAACAAUUUUUAGCCAUAUUUUAAUCUUACAUGAUAUCAUUGCAGCACCACCAUCUCUGGCUCAUUUUUGUCCCUGUAAACAUUUGUGCAACAAUUUAUUAACGUCCUAACUUUUUGUUUGCAUAUAGAAUAUGAAGUAGUGCUCGCCAUAUAAGAUAACGUAUAAGGAGUUAAAUCUAGAGAGCGUAUAAGCUAAUUUGCAGCGUAUCUAGUUAAGCAAUAAGUCUGUAGUAUCUCCCUUUAUAUGACACUGGCCUGUAUAUGCUUUGUACAUAUGAAAAUACACGGAUGAGUUCUACGUACAUGCUAUUGUACAUAGGAGAAUUAUGCAUUUGAAAUCCAACAGCCAUUGUUAUUUUUCAGAGAACAUGAAAUUGUUUUUGUACAUGAGUGAAUGAUUAAAUAAAAAAAAAAAUUUAAAAAACACCUUUAAAAGAUAA